AUGCUUGAGGCUCUACACUUCCCUGAAGCUUUUAGAGAGUUGGUGAUGGAAUGUGUAACAACUCCAAAGUUUUACAUCAUGAUUAAUGGAGUGAUGAGGGGUUUUUUCAGCUCAGCUAGAGGCUUAAGACAAGGGGACCCUAUCUCUCUCUUUCUCUUUGUUUUAUGUAUGGAAUAUCUCUCAAGGAUAUUGAAUGAAAUGGGGGAAUUACAACAAUUUAACUAUCAUCCAAGAUGCAAAGACAUAAGACUCACUCAUAUGUGCUUUGCUGAUGAUUUGGUAAUGUGUUGUAAAGGGGAAUAUGCAUCAGUAUACUUGCUAUUGAGAGCUUUUAAGCUUUUUUCAAGUUCUACAGGGUUGCAAGCAAAUGUAUCCAAGUCUGCAAUCUACACAUGUGGAAUGAAUGUUAGAGAGAGACAAAGAAUAGUAGAUGUCUCUGGUUUCAGUCAUCAGCAUCUCCCUUUUAAGUACUUAGGUGUUCCAAUAUGUGCUAAAAGAAUAAGUAAUACACAAUGUGAAGUACUUAUUGAAAAGAUGACAGCUAGGAUAAGGCUGUGGAGUUCCAGAAACCUAUCAUAUACUGCCAGAACACAGCUAGUCCAAUCUGUCUUAUUGAGCAUACAUCAAUAUUGGGCUCAAAUUUUUGUGUUACCACAGCAGGUGUUAAAGAAAAUAACACAGAUAUGUAGAGAUUUCUUGUGGAGUGGGCAAUACUUUACUCUCAAAUCAGGGUACAUUGCAUGGGAGAAAGUUUGCACUCCUAAGAAUGAAGGAGGUCUAGGCUUCAGAGAUGUGACUAAGUGGAAUAUUGCUUGUAUGGUCAGGAAGGUGUAUGAUACAUUGGUAGGAGAACACCCAAAAGUUCAUUGGGCUGGAAUAAUAUGGAAUAGACUGAGCCUGCCCAAGCACAGAUUCAUAUCUUGGUUGGCUUUUCAGGAGAGAUUACAGACUACAUCAAGGUUAGCAGCCAUGGGUAUCACUAAUCAAGAUAACUGUCUUCUAUGUGCAAUGCAGAAAGAGGACCACUAUCAUCUUUUCUUCCAGUGCCCAUAUAGCAAAGGCUGUUUACAGGCUUUUAAGGAGUGGCUGAGCAUCACUACAUCAACAACUGACUUGAAGCUUCUGAUCAGGUGGAUACAGAGAAGCAGGAAAUCCAAAUUUCAGAAGAAUGUCAUGUAUGCUGGAAUUACUGGGUUAAUUUACAAAAUAUGGCAGAGCAGAAACAAAGUGUUUUGGGAGAUGUGUGCUCCAAAUAUUGAUGCUAGUUGUAAGCAGUUGAAAAAUAUUGUGAAACCUAGAGUGAGAGUUGUUUUACCAUAA